CGGAAGCGGAAGUGCCGGCCUGGAGCCUGUACUAGGUGGCGGUUCCCCUCAGCGCUGUCUCGCCGCUGUCGGCAACAGCCAUGGAUUGCUACACAGCGAACUGGAACCCACUCGGGGACUCUGCCUUUUACCGGAAAUAUGAACUAUACAGCAUGGACUGGGAUCUGAAGGAGGAACUCAGGGACUGCCUGGUAGCUGCUGCGCCCUAUGGGGGCCCCAUUGCGCUACUGAGGAACCCUUGGAGGAAAGAGAAAACUGCCAGUGUGAGGCCAAUACUUGAGAUCUACUCUGCUUCUGGCAUGCCUCUGGCCAGCCUGCUGUGGAAGAGUGGACCUGUGGUGUCCCUAGGCUGGUCAGCUGAAGAGGAACUGCUCUGUGUGCAGGAAGAUGGUGCAGUACUUGUUUAUGGACUUCACGGUGACUUCCGGAGACACUUUAGCAUGGGCAAUGAGGUACUCCAAAAUCGGGUUCUAGACGCCCGGAUCUUUCACACAGAGUUUGGUUCCGGGGUAGCCAUCCUUACAGGAGCUCAUCGUUUUACCUUGAGUGCCAAUGUGGGUGACCUUAAACUCCGCCGGAUGCCAGAAGUGCCAGGUCUGCAAAGUGCACCCUCUUGCUGGACUACACUGUGCCAAGAUCGAGUGGCACACAUUCUUUUGGCUGUGGGACCGGAUCUUUAUCUCCUGGACCAUGGAGCCUGCUCUGCGGUGACCCCCCCUGGCCUACCCCCAGGAGUAAGCAGCUUCCUGCAGAUGGCUGUUUCCUUCACCUACCGACAUCUGGCCCUCUUCACAGACACAGGCUACAUCUGGAUGGGGACAGCAUCACUCAAGGAGAAGCUGUGUGAAUUCAACUGCAAUAUCCGGGCACCUCCGAAGCAAAUGGUCUGGUGCAGUCGUCCUCGCAGCAAGGAGAGGGCUGUUGUAGUGGCCUGGGAAAGGCGGUUGAUGGUGGUGGGUGAUGCUCCUGAAAGCAUCCAGUUUGUGCUAGAUGAGGACUCCUACCUGGUGCCUGAGCUUGAUGGGGUCCGAAUCUUCUCCCGCAGCACCCAUGAAUUCCUGCAUGAAGUGCCAGUGGCCAGUGAAGAGAUCUUCAAAAUUGCUUCAAUGGCCCCUGGAGCGCUGCUAUUGGAGGCCCAGAAGGAGUAUGAGAAAGAGAGUCAGAAGGCAGAUGAGUACCUGCGGGAGAUCCAGGAGCUGGGGCAGCUGACCCAAGCUGUGCAGCAGUGCAUUGAGGCUGCAGGACAUGAACACCGGCCAGACAUGCAGAAAAGUCUUCUCAGGGCGGCCUCCUUUGGAAAGUGUUUCCUGGACAGAUUUCCACCUGACAGCUUUGUGCACAUGUGCCAGGACCUGCGUGUACUCAAUGCUGUUCGAGACUACCACAUUGGGAUCCCUCUCACCUAUAGCCAAUAUAAGCAGCUCACCAUCCAGGUGCUUCUGGACAGGCUUGUGUUGCGGAGGCUUUACCCGUUGGCCAUUCAGAUAUGCGAGUAUCUGCGCCUUCCUGAAGUUCAGGGUGUGAGCAGGAUACUGGCUCACUGGGCCUGCUACAAGGUACAGCAGAAGGAUGUAUCAGAUGAGGAUGUUGCACGGGCCAUUAAUCAGAAGCUGGGGGAUACGCCUGGCGUCUCCUACUCUGACAUUGCUGCGAGGGCCUAUGGCUGUGGCCGCACGGAGCUAGCCAUCAAGCUGCUGGAGUAUGAGCCACGCUCAGGAGAGCAGGUGCCCCUCCUCCUAAAGAUGAAGAGGAGCAAACUAGCACUUAGCAAGGCAAUUGAGAGUGGGGAUACAGACCUGGUUUUCACAGUGUUGCUGCACCUGAAAAAUGAGCUAAACCGAGGAGAUUUUUUUAUGACCCUCCGGAAUCAGCCCAUGGCCCUGAGUUUGUACCGACAGUUCUGUAAGCAUCAGGAGCUGGAGACGCUGAAGGACCUUUACAAUCAGGAUGACAAUCACCAGGAGUUGGGCAGCUUCCACAUCCGAGCCAGCUAUGCUGCAGAAGAGCGUAUCGAGGGACGAGUAGCAGCCCUACAGACAGCAGCCGAUGCCUUCUACAAGGCCAAGAAUGAGUUUGCAGCUAAGGCCACAGAGGAUCAAAUGCGGCUCCUACGGCUACAACGGCGUCUAGAAGAUGAGCUGGGGGGUCAGUUCCUAGACCUGUCUCUGCAUGACACUGUCACUACUCUCAUCCUUGGUGGCCACAAUAAGCGUGCAGAACAGCUGGCACGUGACUUCCGCAUUCCUGAUAAGAGACUCUGGUGGCUGAAGCUGACUGCUUUGGCAGAUUUGGAAGACUGGGAGGAGCUAGAGAAGUUUUCCAAGAGCAAGAAAUCACCCAUUGGCUACCUGCCCUUUGUGGAGAUCUGUAUGAAACAACACAACAAAUAUGAGGCCAAGAAGUAUGCUUCCCGUGUGGGUCCCGAACAAAAGGUCAAGGCGUUACUUCUUCUUGGUGAUGUGGCUCAGGCUGCAGAUGUAGCCAUUGAGCACCGGAAUGAGGCUGAGCUGAGCCUCGUAUUGUCACACUGCACUGGAGCCACAGACGGGGCUACAGCUGACAAGAUUCAGCGGGCCAGAGCACAAGCCCAGAAGAAGUGAAGAACCUCUAGAAGCUUUGGGGAGAUCUUCUCCUAUCCUGGAGUUGGCAGAAGGGUCAUUCCAUCCAACACCUCCCCUCUCAGGGUAAAGCUGAGAAGCUGGGAGGAGUCUAAGGAUACAGAGAAGCCUGGUUGUAAAUAAACUUGGAAUACUUUA